GGCCGCGGGCUGCCCGGGUGUGCCCGCCGCGGGGGGCGCGAGGCCGCGCGUGCCCGCCGUCGGCCCGUGGCGGCGGGAGGUGCCAGCAUCGAGAAGGUCGCGGAGGAGGAGGAGGAGGAGGAGAAGGAUCACUCGAUGGCGGCUUCCGACGGCGGCCCUGCCAUGUCGCGCGUCCUGGAGGGCGUCGCGCGCGGGGAGCGGCAGCCCCUGGCCUGGCUCCAAGACAGCGCCGCCUCCCGCGGGGAGAAGUUGGCCAGCCCGCGGAGUUUGCCAAGUCUCUCGAUGAGCUCUUCGUUGGCCACCCCUCCUACCAGCGCGAGGCGUUCCACAUUCCACUCGCUGGGAACUACGGCAAGACGUCCAAGGAGGUUGCCCAGCCGGGCGCUGAGGCGGUAUACUUGUGCGGCCACUCCUUGGGGCUGCAGCCCAGGCGGACGCGCGAGCUCAUCAGCGAGGAACUGGACAAAUGGGCGAAGGUGGGCGUCGAGGGGCACUUCACCGGAGAGCGCCCCUGGGUGGCGAUUGAUGAGUUCUGCAAGACUAAGAGCGCGGAAGUGGUCGGCGCGAAGGAGUCGGAGGUAGCGAUCAUGAAUGGUUUGACGGUGAAUCUGCACCUUUUGUUUGUUGCCUUCUACAAACCUCAAGGCAAGCGUUGCAAGAUUAUGUAUGAGUCCGACGCCUUCCCCUCCGACUUUCACGCGUUCGAGUCGCAGGCUCAUUUCCACGGCCUGGAUCCGAAGGAGGUGCUGGUUGCACUGAAGCCCCGGGAGGGCGAGAGCCUUCUGAGGCAGGACGACGUACUUGCGGCCAUCGAGGUUGCUGGCGAUACCUUGGCCAUCCUCGUCAUUCCGACGGUGCAGUACUACACGGGGCAGUACUUCGACGUGCCAGCACUCACAGCGGCUGGUCACAAGGUGGGCGCGGCUGUGCUGGCGCAGUGCGCCCACAGCGCUGGGAACGUCAACCUGCGGCUGCACGACUGGGGCGUGGACGGUGCGUGCUGGUGCUCGUACAAGUACCUCAACUCUGGUCCUGGAUCCAUCGCUGGUUUUUUCAUUCACGAGAGGCACCACGAGAAGGUCGCAGGGAUGCCGAAGCUAGCAGGGUGGUGGGGUCACAAGAAGGACACCCGCUUUGACAUGGCGCACGUCAUGCACCCGUGCCCGGGCGCCGCGGCGUUCCAGCUGUGCAACCCACCUGUGUUGGAGAUGGUGUCGUUGUUGGCGAGUUUAGACGUGUUCGUUCAGCCAGGCAUGUGCCUGCUGCGGGGGAGGUCGUUGCUUCUCACCUGUUACCUGGAGCAAACGCUGCGGGAGGAGCUCGGCUCUGGGGACGUUGGCUUCGUACUGAUCACGCCCUCGGAAGUUGACCGUCGGGGCAGCAUGCUCUGUCUGAAGUUCGACAGCGACGAACGCUGCGUCGCGAUUUUCGAGGAGGUCGCCAAGCGCGGGGUUAUCCGACUACCGCAAGCCGGCAGUGUUGCGUGUCACCCCUGUACCGUUGUACAACAGUUUUACAGACAUCUACCGAUUCGGUCAGGCUUUGCAAGCUGCGGUCGUCGCCACCCGCGCAGCCGACAACGGAGCAAAGCGCCAGAAGGUGGCGUAGUUUGUUGA